AUGCGCGCGCGCCGCGGCCGGGAGCUCCACGCUGAGCCACACGACCUCCGCGCCGCUCUCAGUGCACCAGUCGUCGCGGGCUCGCGCACACACGCCGCGCCGCACCGCUAUCAGUACUCCGCCGCCCCGGGAGCCCCGCCCGUCGCCUAUAGCUCGAUCCCUCCGAUACACAUCAUAUUUGUUGUAGAAAUAUUCACACUCCCGGGCACGUUUCAGGAGAAGUUUAUUAGUAGGUGUAAGAUGAUCAGAGAUGUAGACGGUGGAGGCCGGCCCAUGCAGGCCCAGGUCGGCGGUGGAGAUGGUGCGGCGGGCGCGCGCCGCCGCCAGCAGCUGGUCCUUACGGCGCCGUUGUGUGAACCGCACGAUGAUAGCAGGAUGCCUCGGGGCUUGUUUACGAUGCUGAUACUAGUAGUGGGCGUGGCGUGGCUGGCGGCUACGGCGGGGGCGGCGGCGGCGGAGGGGGCGGAGGGCGGCGACGGGACGGCCGCGGCGGGUGGUGGGGGCGAGGCGCGGGCGGCGGGCACCCCCGAGGUGGUGCUGCAGCUGAAGUACGACGGGGGGGAGCUGGACCGCAUCCUGCUGACGCAGUAUCGUGCCCCGCCCCCCGCCGCCGCCGCGACGCCCGCACUCGCCGCGCGCGCCUCCGUCUGCGCGGACCUGUGCUUUGCAGGUCUGGGCGGUCGGUCAUGCGGGCGGUCGUGCCCCAAGCUGCUGCCGGUGGGGCUGAAGAUGGCGCUGGAGGCGGAGAACGCCACCGCCGCGCCGCUCGGCGCGCCGCGCACCGCCGUCUGCCCUGUGCUCUGUGCUAACAACCUCGGUGAGCCGCUGUGCAACUGCGGCGAGUCGGCGGCGACGGCGGGAGUGGACUGGACCGCCGUCUGCGCCGUGUUCUGCGACACCGACCACUACGAACUCGGCGGUUGCGGGUCGUGCGAGGAGAGCAGCACGGCGCGCAGCGUGCAGGUGCAGAUGCUGCAGGCGCGGCUGCUGAGCACGGCGGAGGGCUGGCAGUCCUGGUGCAACGUGCAGUGCCGCCAGGGCCAGGGAGGCGCCGCCUGCAACUGCGACCGCGCGCCCUUCCAGUAGACGUCGCCGAGCUCGCGACGUCCUGGCCUCGCCGGGCGGUAUACCGGCUAUAUAUUCUAGAGGCUGCGCUGUCGCUUGCAAUGUGCUAUUCCGGCGUUAGCAUUACUAUAAUAUUUUUAUAAUACGUAAAGUUACAUUUUGUUUAAAUUGUUUAGUACAAUUAGUAAUAUUUAUUGGAUAUACUUAUUAACAAUUGGAUGUUACGACUCUACAAUGUCAUUUAGCACCCUUACUAAUAACAGUAUUUAGAGAGCUGCAACUACACAUUGUCCGCAGUCUUUGUCUGAUACAGGAUAGAAGAUGAUUUUUAGUUAUUAGCUUUGUGUACAUUUUAUUAGUAAAGACUAAGGGGGUAGGCGCAAACUUUUUCCGCGUAUAACGUGGUAGAGAUCGACGAAGUUUUUCUCGUUUGUUUUCUUUUAUUUGUAUUGUUAUCUUAAAUUGAUUUCAAGUUAUCGGUGUAACUAUUUGUAGUAUUAAAAUGACGUAGCCGAGUGUGAGUUUUAUCUUCAAUAUAUAUUUUUAAUAUCUUAUUAGAUAUUCGAUAAAUAUUUUACAAAAUCAUUUUAAAGAAUAAAAAUCACGCUCGGUCGGUACUAGAGAAUAUUAAUUACUUUAAGAGUUGCUGACAUCAUAAAGGUCACAGUAAUAUAUUAUUAUCUAGCGGUAGGAGAAUAAUAUAAUAAAAAUAACAUAAUUAGUAAAAUGUACAUAAGAAACGGAAGCUCUGUGCAAACGACAAUACGAGGAGUAGCGGUAUCGGUAAGACGUAGAGGUAGACUUUUUAUUUUAUAUUUAAUUAAAUUGUUUUAAUUUGG